UCGGCACUCCACAGUGAAAGAGGAUGGUGAAGCACAUCGUCAAAUUCGUAGUUUACUGGAUUGCCUUCUACUCCGUUUUUCUACUCGCAGUCACCGAAGGUGGCAGACCCAACUUAGUACUUUUUAUGGCCGAUUCUUUCGAUGGCAGGCUGACCUUUUACCCUGGAAAUAUUACUUUGCAGCUUCCCUUUAUAAAUUACAUGAGAGAGCAUGGAACAAUCUUUCUUAAUUCUUACACUAAUUCUCCCAUCUGUUGUCCUUCAAGAGCAGCAAUGUGGAGUGGUAAAUUUAUCCAUUUGACAGAAUCUUGGAACAAUUUCAAAUGCCUGGAUGACAAAUACACAACAUGGAUGGACAUUUUACAGGAACAGGGUUAUGUCACAAAGCAGUUUGGAAAGGUGGAUUAUAAAUCUGGCAGCCAUUCCCUCAGUAAUCGUGUUGAGGCCUGGACCAGGGAUGUAAACUUCUUACUUCGACAAGAAGGGCGACCUACAGUAAACCUGACCGGUGAUUCAAGUACAGUGAGAGUAAUGAAGGAGGACUGGAACACAACUGAGAAAGCAGCCCAGUGGAUACGAACUACUGCUUCCAUCCUUUCUGACCCGUUUGCUCUCUAUAUAGGUGUGAAUCUUCCACAUCCUUAUAAGACUACAAACCUGGGUGCAAAUGCGGGGUCCUCCACUUUCCAAACAUCACCAUUCUGGCUUAACAAGAUUUCUCUGCAAAAUAUCACUGUGCCUAAGUGGCUUCCUUUCUCCAAAAUGAACCAAGUAGACUAUUACUCAACAUACACCAAAAACUGCACUGCACAUUUCUCAGAUAAGGAGAUAACAAAUAUCCGAGCUUAUUAUUAUGCCAUGUGUGUUGAGACAGAUGCAAUGCUUGGUGAGAUUCUGUCAGCUCUUUAUGACACAAAUCUUCUCAAUGAAACCAUUCUGAUUUUUACAUCCGAUCAUGGAGAGCUUGCUCUUGAACACCGACAGUUUUAUAAAAUGAGCAUGUAUGAAGGGAGUUCUCACAUUCCAUUCCUUAUCAUGGGACCAAAUGUGAAAGCUGGCCAGCAGAUUUCUAAUCCCAUUUCUCUGGUAGAUGUUUACCCAACUGUGCUAGAUAUUGCAGAAAUUGCUUGCCCUUGUAAUUUAAGUGGAUACUCGUUACUACCCUUUCUUACUCGUGAGUAUCAAGCUAGGAACAAUCUACAUCCCGAAUGGGUUCUCAGUGAGUUCCAUGGAAGUGAUGCCAAUGCCUCUACCUAUAUGAUAAGGACUAGCUCUUGGAAACUCAUUGCUUAUGCUGAUGGUUCAUCUGUGCCUUCUCAGCUUUUUGAUCUUUCAAAUGACAAAGAUGAGCUCCAUAAUGUGGCUGCAGUCUAUCCUAGGAUCACAGAAAGUUUAGAAAGACUUCUCCUGUCUAUUGUGGAUUACCCAGCUGUCUCCAGGGCUGUCCAAAUGUACAAUAGGCAACAGUUUAAAUUGUGGAAACUCAGCCUUGGAAGAAACUAUAGUGAAGUUAUUGCGAAUCUCAGAUGGCAUGUAGACUGGCAACAAAAUCCUAAAAUGUAUGAAGAUGCUAUAGAAAAAUGGCUAAAUACAGAUGUUUAAUUAUAAAGAAAAUUACAACAAAGAUUAACAUUUACACUAAUGAUCUCACAGAAAUAUUUUGUUCAUUAAUAUAAUGUUAGUACAGUGGCAUAAUCAGUAGCAUGGCUACUCCACAGCUCCAGUGACUUAGGCUUUCGUAGACACUGUUUAGAGACUGAAUGCUUCCUUUGUGCCCAUGUAUGGUUUCUCCAGGUACUCCAAUUUUCUUUCACCUUCCAAAGACAUGCAGGUAGUGUUGCUUGGUGACUCUGAAUUGUCACUGUGUGAAUGAGCAUACCAUGUGUAGGACUGGAACCCCAUCCUCAGCUUAUUCCUUUCUUUCACACAAUGUUUCUGGAGUAUACUCUCACUCCACUUUACUCUUCCCAGGAAAAAAAAAAUGAUUUUAAUAAGUAAUAUUAACAAAUAGCGAAAUCGUCUCAAUGUGCCUGGUACUGUUUGUGUGGUAUGUUGUCUCUUUCAAGGCCUGCUCUUGCCUUUAAUCCAGGAAAUACUGUAUGUAGACACAGAAAAUGGACAGAUUAAAAAGUACAUAACUUGGAGUUGUUAAAGCAGGUGACUGCUGAUGUACUGUAUGAUCCAUGGCCUUGUUAGAGAAAGCUAACAGGCAAGCUGGUCCUCUAAAUGAAUCAUAAUAGUCCAGUAAACAUUAAUGAGUAAGAAUCCUAUGGAUAAAUCGAGUUCUUUACACCAGAUAGUUUUUCUCCUUCAGAUGUACACUUUGAAAUUCUCAUUUAUUUUAGAUAAGGAACAUAAUGUUUAUUUAAAUGGAAUAAAUAUGCACUGAGAAAUGGA